GCAGCCUUUCCUCUCAGUUUUUCUGGAGCAACACAUCCCAGGCUGCUGCGGCGUCAGACCAGCCUCUGCAGCGCCCCGUCGGUCGGAUGCCGCAGACGCCGGUGUAUCACGCCAAGGACACAACUCCAAUAAAAGAAGAAUCCUGUGGAACUGGAAGAAAUCACUGAGGCGGUUUGGGAUAAUCUGGCCAACACGGAGCUGGGUGGAGAGGACGGGACACCAGUCAGGCCGUUAGAAGACAGACAUCUGAGCGUGCAAGCCAUGCUUUAGCACACACAGGAGAAAGGUGGUCGAUCGUUGGAUAACGCCCCCCACUUUUUCUUGUACAAUCCAGAACCAGAAACACACGCAUCACCCUUUCGUCUUCGUUGUAUACCAUCCCUGUAAAGAUGCCGAUGCCAAGGUUGGCACUGUGGCACUUGUGGUGACAGGGCACAGAGCGUGUGCGCACAUCCGGCAGGCAGGCCGGUGGGUCGGUGGGUGUACAGGCACACCAAAAGGCAUUUUUGGGGGUGGGUGUGGUUGAACCAUGCGGCCCUGGGCAGGUUCAUGGCGUUGGAUUACCCUGGUGCUGUUGGCCUGGGGCACGCUGCUCUUCUACAUUGGUGGUCACUUGGUGAGGGACAGCGAGCACCCAGAACGGUCCAGCAGGGAGCUCUCCAAGAUCUUGGCCAAGCUGGAACGGCUCAAGCAGCAGAAUGAAGACCUGCGGCGCAUGGCCGAAUCGCUCAGGAUACCAGACGGUCAGGCAGAAGCUGGGUCCCUGGCUGCGGGGAAACUGCGCUCCCUGGAGGACCAGCUAACCAGAGCCAAACAGAAGAUCCACAGCUUCCAGAAACUCACUGGAGAUGGACCAGGGCCCACUCAGGAGGAGCUGCGGAGGAGGGUGGAGAAUGGCGUCAAGGAGUUUUGGUACUUUGUUCGCAGCGAGGUGAAGAAACUGGCCAACGCAGAACCCAGCGAGAGGCAGAAGUAUGCCGACACGCUCCUCCAGGACUUGGGACACCAGGAGAGGUCCAUCAUGACAGACUUGUACUACCUCAGCCAGGCGGAUGGAGUGGGCGAAUGGAGAGUGAAGGAGGCUAAAGAUCUGUCGGAUCUCGUCCAGAACAGAAUCACCUACCUACAGAACCCCCCAGACUGCAGUAAGGCGAGGAAGCUGGUGUGUAACAUCAAUAAGGGCUGCGGUUAUGGCUGCCAGCUCCAUCACGUCGUCUACUGCUUCAUGAUCGCUUAUGGCACCCAACGCACACUCAUCCUGGAGUCUCACAACUGGCGCUACGCCCCCGGCGGCUGGGAGACGGUCUUCCUUCCCGUCAGUAACACCUGCACCGACCGCUCUGGUGCCUCCACCGGACAUUGGUCAGGAGAGGCCCAUGAUAAGGAUGUCCAGGUUGUGGAGUUGCCUAUAGUGGACAGCCUCCACCCACGGCCCCCCUACCUACCCCUGGCUAUUCCUGAGGACCUGGCCCCCCGCCUGCACCGUCUGCACGGCGACCCUUCCGUCUGGUGGGUGUCCCAGUUUGUCAAGUACCUGGUACGCCCUCAGGCAUGGCUGGAGAAGGAGAUCCAGCAGACCACCGCCAAGCUGGGCUUCAAACACCCCAUCAUCGGAGUCCAUGUGAGGAGGACAGAUAAAGUGGGGACGGAGGCAGCUUUCCAUCCCAUAGAGGAGUACAUGCUGCACGUGGAGGAACAGUUCCAACAUCUGGCCAGACGUGUCCACAUCGACAAGAAACGAGUUUACCUUGCCACCGAUGACCCGUCCCUGCUGCAGGAAGCCAAGACCAAGUAUCCAGACUAUGAGUUCAUCAGUGAUAACUCCAUCUCGUGGUCGGCAGGCCUUCACAACCGCUACACUGAGAACUCGCUGAGGGGAGUCAUCCUCGACAUCCACUUCCUGUCCCAGACUGACUUCCUGGUCUGCACCUUCUCCUCACAGGUCUGCCGCGUGGCCUAUGAGAUUAUGCAGACGCUGCAUCCAGACGCCUCCUCCUUCUUCUACUCCCUGGAUGACAUCUACUACUUCGGAGGUCAAAACGCCCACAACCAGAUCGCCAUCUACCCCCACCAGCCGCGUAACAGCGAGGACAUUCCCCUGGAGCCCGGCGAUGUGAUCGGCGUAGCGGGCAACCACUGGGAUGGAUACUCGAAAGGCAUCAACCGCAAACUGGGCCGCACGGGCCUUUACCCUUCCUACAAGGUCAAAGAGAAAAUCGAGACCGUCAAGUACCCGAUGUACCCCGAGGCAGACAAACUGCUCAACUCUCAAAAGAAGUAAAAGAAGAAAAAUGAAAAAAAUAAAGGAAGAGAAGGAGUGAGGAGAAAAUACGCAGACUCCGAUUCCAGGGAAGGAGGCUGCUUUUUUUGUACAGAAGAAAGAAGCGUACAGAGUGCGCUAAGCUGAGAAGAAAAGAGAAAAAGCCUGAACCCAGGGGUGACAGGAAUGAGAAUGCACUCUUGUGUGUUUAUUUGAGAGAGAGCGUGUGCGUGAGUGUGUGUAUGUAUGUAUGUAUGUGUGAACGCGUGUGCACUUGUGUAAAUGCCUGUGCAUAUGUCAGGUCAUGGAAGACUUGCACCCUACCACUACUCCCCCGCCCGACGCUCUCUAGUCGGGUCUGUAGAGAUGUAGACGUGAACAUUGAUUUUAAAUAAAGCAAGAAAACAAUUAAAAUCUUCACUAAAUGACCAAGCUCGCUCUCCCCCCCGAGACAGACUGGGACUACUGUAAGACUAGCGCACCCAAGAGUGAGCUUUGAAUCAAUGACUGAAAAAAAAAAUCCAAAAAAAAAAAAUGACAAACUGGAAAAAAGUGUUUUGAUUUUUAUUUAAUUAUUUUCAGUGGUUUUGAUUCUAAUCUUGCCUCUUUUUUUUCUUUUUCUCCUGUUUUUUUGUUUGUUUGUUUACUGAAUGUACUGUAUCCUCUUCUUGCCAUGCUCAUCGCACCCCCCCCCCCCCCCCCCCCCCACUCCUCUUCCAGCUCCACUCACUGUGCUUCCUCCAUCUCGUCUCUACAUGUGCAAUUAAUUUUAUACCAUAUUGUGCUUUUAUCAAGUGUUUUUAACGGUCUUAAUUUGGUUGUGUAUGGGGCUUUGUGCAUUGUAUACUGUACAGUGUGUGUGUGUGUGUGUGUGUGUGUGUGUGUGUGUGUGUGUGUGUGUGUGUGUGUGUGUGUGUGUGUGUGUGUGUGUGUGUGUGUGUGUGUGUGUGAGUACGAGUGUGAGGACGGAUGCAAGCGUGAUCAAGUGUGCCUGUGUGUGCUGUUUAAAGUCUAAAAAAAGGGGCCAUGUCACGACCUGGUGCCUGUUAUUGGUGAGCAGUGUGUGUGUUUCUUUCUUCUUUUUUUCUUUUUCUUUUUUUCUUUUUUUCUUUCUGGCUUUCCUCCCGACUGAAUAGUGUUUGUGUGCCCAGCGGGAGACUGGCGGUGACAGUGGGGACUGUCCUCGUACCCCCAGCACUUGGAACAAUGAUGAACCCCAGUCACUCCUCUGGUGACCUCUAGUGAACAAUGGUAAGAUUAUGUGGAGUAUGGUGAACUCAUGGUGCGCACACACACACAUACACACACACACGCACACAUAUAUACACACAGGAGCCGUCCCGAGGCUCACCAAAACAAGCACUCCACUGAUAUAAUGUCCUUUUUUUCGGCAUCUCUGCUGUCUCUUUAGUCCAUCUGUUUAUUUGUUGUUGUUUUAUUUUUGUUUUUUUUUACUUUUAACAUUGCUGUUUUAAAAUAAAUGAGGAAAAAUAUGCCUAUGUUUAAAAAUGAUAAUGCUAUAUCAAACUCAGAGUCCCCAUCAUGAAGGCUUUUUUUCAUAACUUAUGUUCUUGGGCAUUGUCUUUGAUAACCACAGAUCGAAAUAAACUUGAGAAAGCGACACAG